AUGGCGCGGGUCAGUGGGGGGGCGGCAGGGCAGGGCGGGGCGCGAGGGGGUGCGUUGCCGUGCCUGGAGGCAAGUGGCGGGGUGCGGAUCCCCCACAUGGGCGUCGGCACGUACGAGCUCCGCGGGGAUGAGUGUCGCGGCGCCGUGCUGGCGGCACUGCGGCUGGGGUUUCGUCUCAUUGACACCGCCGCCGGGUACCACAACGAGGAGCACGUUGGGGCCGCCAUCGCGGCGAGCGGGGUGCCACGGGAGGAGUUGUUCGUCGUGGUGAAGAUUGCGCCAAAGGCGAUGGUGUCGGAGGAGUUGGUCGAAACCGGCAUUCGGGAAAGUGUACGGAAGCUGCGGAUUGCUUACGCGGACUGUGUCUUGAUUCAUUGGCCCGGCUGCGGUGGACUCAAGCCGCACGAGGCGGAGGGGCACAAGGCGGCACGGCGUCGCUGCUGGAAGGUGAUGCAGGCGCUGCAGAGGGAAGGCGUCAUACGGCACUUGGGCGUGUCCAACUUUGCCCCGCGUCACUUUCCCGACUUGGCCGAUAACGCUGAGGAGGAGGCGCAGUUGUUUGACGCCACCAAUCCCAGCAGGCCUGUGAUAAAUCAGAUUGAGCUACACCCGCUUUGCGUGCAGGAAGACGUCCGCGACUUCUGCCAUGCACGCGACAUCGUUCUCCAGCAGUACUCUCCGCUUGCACAGUGUCAUGCGGAGCUGGUGGGUAACCCGGUGCUGUGCGCCAUCGCACGCGAGCGCUUCCCAGGGUACACCGUGCACGAUGUGUUACUCAUGUGGGGCCUGAGCCAAGGUUUUUGCGUUCUGGUGCGCAGUCGGUCGGAGGAGCACUUAGAGCGCAAUUGGGCGGCCGCAAAGGCAUUUUUUGCGGAGGGGGAACUCAGUGACUCCCAGAAGGAGCAACUGAAAAACCUGCGAGCAUCCAUGCAGGUGGCGGAGGAUCGCCAUUUCUGUUGGCAUAGCGAGCAUAUCGACUAA